AUGGACCGGCAUCUACUAUACCUAGCAUGUCUAUGCUCUCUGCUUUUCCAAUCCGUCGCGGUGGCGCAAACGAACAAUCCAAAGCCGCAGGAAAUCUACACCCUCACGGCCUUCCAGGAGCAGCAGACAUGCGUGCAGUCGUGCUUCACGGUCGAAUACGGCUGCACGACCGACGUUUUGGGCUCAGCGAUCGGCUGCUCGAUCGACCAAUGCGUCUUUUCGACGAACAUGUUCGGCGCAUUGGACAGCUGCUAUUGUCGCGGUGACCUGCAGGCUGCGGCCGAAAGUUUCCUCACGUCGUGCAUCCAGGAGUCGUGCACCGUGGGCGAUACAUCGGUGAACAUUGCUGCCGCAGUGUCUAUCUACGGCGGUUAUUGCACAUCUCUGGGGUAUACCGCUCUGCCUGCAAACAAUGUGGCAGAGACGACGCCGGCCGGCAGUAAUCCCACAACGGCGGGCUCGAACAACGGAGGCGGUGCUGCGUCAACGGGCUCGAACUCAGACGUCCUCUCGAGCAAUCCCACAGGCGACGGCGCGUCCACAUCGUCUCCUUCAGGCUCGUCCUCAUCCUCUUCUUCCUCAUCCAACACCACAACGUACAUCGUACUGGGCGUGGUGGGCGGCUUCGCGCUGAUCCUCCUAAUAGUGGCGACGCUGUGGUUCAAGAAAUACAGACAGCUGAAGCGCGCGCAGCGCUUUGGUCACGGACACUACGGCGCCCCGCCGCCCAACUACGGCUACAACAACGGCUCCAUGAACCAGCCGCUGCGCCCGCUAGGUGGCGGCUCCGAGGUCUCUAGUCACCCGUUCUACAACAGGCAGGACGACAUCUACCCGGACGACUCGGUCUCGACAAUCCACGUUGCACCAGCGUACCCGCAUCCGCUGGAGCCGAGCCUGGUUUCUACGCACAUGCGUUGA